AUGGCGCGAUUCUACAUUCUUGCCUCUAUGGCGAAUGUUUUGCAACAUCAACAUCAGUCUAUGGGGUCUGCUUAUGACAUGCUCGAAAGUCUCAAAGAGAUGUUCGGUGAGCAAAAUUGUGCUGCUAAGCAGACAACUAUGAAAGCCCUUUUGAACACCAAGAUGACUUUAGGAUCAUCCGUCAGGGACCAUGUUCUGAAGAUGAUAGGUCUUUUGAAUGAACUGGAGGUCCUUAGAGCUGUGAUUGAUAAGGAAUCUCAAGUUGAGAUGGUCCUGCAGACUCUGUCUGACAGUUUUCAACAAUUUCGCUUGAACUAUAAUAUGAACAAAAUAGAUUUGUCACUGGCGAAAUUGUUGAAUGAGCUGCAAGUCGGCAGAAUCUAUCAUCAAAUAGCAAGCUCCAGUUGUGGCAUUGAUGUUGAGAAAGCUUCGGUUUCUAAGUUGAAAGGCGGUAAGAAAAAGAAGAAGGCUCAAAAGGUUUUGGCACCUGGAGGUGCGGCUGGUGUGAAAAGGCUUAAAGGAAGUGCUAUCAUUGCAAGCAACCUGGGCAUCACAAAAAAUAAUGUCCUGCCUAUCUGGCAAAGUUGA